UUCCCUGUCCUAGCCUUGCUAGUGCGUUGUGUCCGGGUUGAGACCCUCAGCUGAUAUUGAUACAGGCGGAAGAGGAGGAGCGGGUGGAGGCAGCUGUGUCAGACUACACGGUUACACACAACAACAACAAAAACAAGGUAAUUGGUAAGGAAAAGGCCCUUGUCGUCUGAAUGGGCACCGUUUAUUCUGCUUUUUUGGCCAUUCUUCCAAGAGAUUUCCCUACAUUUACUCAGCUUGUGCUUUAAACGUUGGUCAGAAGAAACCAUGGACAGCAAUGUGAUGUGACUCUCGCUGAUUUUUUUUUUUUUUUAAUUUUUGUUUUAAACUCCUAACGAGGAGUUUCAUUCAUUUUACUUGGGAUUAAAAAACUCUGGCCAUUGGCCAUGGACCAAACUGUGAUGGAUAGUCCAGUAACCUUGGUGAUCAAAGCGCCAAAUCAAAAAUAUGAUGACCAAACAAUUAAUUGUUUUCUGGACUGGACUGUGGAAAAACUUAAAUUUCAUCUCUCAAAAGUAUACCCCAGUAAACCGUCAACUAAGGAUCAAAGACUUGUGUAUUCUGGUAAACUUCUUCUUGAUCACCUUCGUUUGAAAGAUGUUCUCAGGAAACAAGAUGAGUAUCACAUGGUUCAUUUAGUGUGUGCCUCCAGAACCCCUCCUAGCUCCCCUAAACCAAGCACCAGCAGGGGGAGCACUGAAGCUCCAAGCACCAGCAAAUCAAGCUCAGAAUCCUCAGGAUCAGCCUCCACUGUGCCAGCAGAUCAAGACAUGCCAUCCACAUCCUUCAGCCCGAGACCAGAAGAAAACAUAAGACAUCGUCAUGCUUCCCACACGUACCCCAAUCCCAUUCUUAACCACCCCCUCUCCUACCUUAGACAUGUACCUGUUGGGAACCCACUUCCUGGACAAGCAGGACCUGCCUUGUUUCCAGUCUACUCAGCCUUAAGCCCUAUGCAGUUAAUGUGGUGGCAGCAGAUGUAUGCGCGACAGUAUUACAUGCACUAUCAAGCAGCAGCCUCUAACCAGGCCCCACCUGACAUUCAGAUGCCACGGCCUGCUGCCCCUACUGCUAUCAACUCGGACAGACCUCCUCCAAACCCCCCUAGAGCCGCCCCAAAUGUUGCACCAGAGGUGAACCAGAAUGUACAAAUGAAUGCUCAGGGUGGCCCAGUGAUGAACGAAGAAGACAUUAACCGCGAUUGGCUUGACUGGAUGUACACAGUGUCUCGAGCAGCCAUCCUUUUCAGCAUUGUAUAUUUCUACUCGUCCUUUAGCCGCUUUGUCAUGGUGAUGGGUGCUAUGAUACUAGUGUACAUGCACCAGGCUGGCUGGUUUCCUUUUCGACAAGAAGAAGGUCAACCACAGGCAAGAGACAAUGCAGCAGAAAUGAACCGAGAGAUGGUCAACAACAAUGAGCUUCAGGAGAUGGAACGGCGUAUGGACGAUGGGUUACAGGAAGAUGGUGGUGACGACACAGGAGAUGAUGUGGCAGCAGAGGCUCCACACCCUGGACUCUUGGCAUCUGCUUGGUCUUUCAUUACCACUUUCUUCACUUCUCUUAUCCCAGAGGGGCCUCCGCAAGUUGCUAAUUAGGCUCUAAACUUAAUGCCAUCUGCGCCAAAAAUGAAAAAGGAGAUGUCCUUUCUUUCAAAUAAGUGUUUCAAACAACUGUGCAAUCAGAAUUCUUGUUUUCCUUUUCUUGUUCUAAUCUAUACUUUUUUUUUUUUGCGCUCUAAUUUGGAGUUUAAUAUUAUAAUAUUUUAAGCACAAGAUGGACUUUUUUUCUCAUAUUAAAAUUCUCUCUUUUUUUGGC